CAUUUCCCACGAUGACGACGACUUUGUAUCAUAGAACCUUCCUUCAAUCUUCGUUUCAAACAUGGGGCAUACGCUUGGCUUGAACAAUCCCACUUCUCAUUUUGAGCGCAAUCGAGUUGCAAAACCUCUCUCUCCGGGAAGCUUCUGAAUUUCUCGUCAACAAUGGCUUCCAUCUAUUCCUGUAUUGAAUGCGGAACGAAUCUGAAUCUAAAUUCCAGUCAUCUCUUCCCACCGGAUUUCUAUUUCGAGGCCGGAAACAAGGGCACCCUUUCGUUUUCCUUCAUCGACUCCACCAAGUUCAGGCUCGAGAAAGAGGACAAGCUCCGACCAUUCUUCGAGACCGUCAACUAUUGGGGAAUCCAGCGGAAACGGACCAAGCUCAAGUGCAAUUCCUGUGGGCAUCUCGUCGGUUAUCUUUACGACGAUGGGCCUCCUCUGACCGACAGUCCAGGUCAGUACCACUUUGGACCUAGCCAGGUUAUUCCCCGAGCUCCCAGGUACAGAUUCAAGAUCAAGGCUCUUCGGAUUACCUCAGAGAGUUGAAACAUUUUGAUAAUCGCACAUUAGGGUUUCAAAGUUCUAAGAUUUGAGUAUGUUUUUCAACUCUUGCAUAGUUGAUUUGGGUCUGUUUUUGCUAUGGGAUCUGUGAAUAUUGUCUACAUCGUCAAUACACACUACUGUUACUGUACAAAUAUGUUGAACUUCAAUAGAAUGCUUGUGAAAUGUUCUGUUCAUUUUAUUGCUUUUGAUGUAGAAAUAAAAAGCAGCCCUUUGAGUCC